AUGGGCUCCAUCAAAGGGCAUAUUGGAGGGGAUGGAUCCACAACUUGCAUGGAGCAGCAAGCACAGUGUUUACAAGGUUUGCAGACCAGUCUUCGGGGAGAUAGAAUCUACAGCCAAGGAUUUAGGCAGGACUGGCUGGAGGGGACAGAUCUGCUAGAGCGGUGGAGGAUCAUCUCCCUGUCCAUGUUGGAUGCCAUGGCGGCUCCCAAGUUCCUCAGCUUUCGGAGCAAACAAACUGCCAAACCAAGCCCAUUUCCAGAGGUGGUGGAGGGCUUAACAGCCUCCUAUAUUGCUUUGAAGUUGGAGAAUGAAAUUCUGAAAACCCAAGUGCAGAGGCUGAUGGAAGAAAAUGUCCUACAGGAUUAUAAGCCAGAGCUCCAGAAACCCCAAACAACCAAGGAAGUCAAGAAGCUACCAAAGCCUCCAAUGACCCAGGAAGCCUACAAAGCCAUAGAAGCUAAGGAAGCCCAGGAGCUCCCAGAUACCCAAGAUGCCCCAGUGGCGCAGAAGCCCCAGGAUUCAGAGCACCACUAUCUUCCAAGUUCCCAGGAAUCCCAGGAGGUUUGAGAAUGGCAAGAAACCUCAAUGCAUCUGAAGCUCCUUAAGACUCCAAAUCUCCAGGAGUCUCUGGAACCUAGAGUGCUCCAGGAUCCCCUGGAUCCUUUAGAUGCCCAGGAAUUCCUAGAGCCCUCAGCACCCCAAGAGUCCCUAGAAGGUCUAAUAGCUGCUUUGACACCAGCAGGUGCAGAGUUUCCACAUUCCCCCAGUGGGUUAGAGGCUGAAGCUUUCUUCCUAGAAUACUGCUUAGCCUUCAGUAGAGAUGCCUGGAAGCUUUCUGAGUUCCUGGUUCAAUUGAAUAGUUACAUGAGAGUCAUCAGGCACUUGUAUCUUACUGAAGCAGCUGUGAUGAGCUUUGUUGGCAAGUGUUUCUCAGAUGAGGUAGGAAUGUGAUUUCAGCCCCUACUAGAUAUGCAAAGCCCCCUGCUGGAGCAAUUUGAAAUUUUCAUACAAGUGCUCCAGGAUAUUUUUGAUAGUCCAGAAAACAUGGAAGAUGCCAGUAACGACUGCAUCCAUCAGCUCUGCCAAAGGGAGGAUCGUGCCUAUCAUUAUGUUACCCACAUCCAUAUCAUUUCUCAAGAGCUAAAAUGGAAUGAAAGCAUUCUCUGCAUCCUGUUGCAAGAAUGGCUUGACAGCUCUAUCCCAGAUGAACUGUCUCACACAGGUCCAGCCACUGUCCUAUCUAAUCUGAUCACUCCAUACCUAGAAGAUAAGCUAAGAGGUCCUGAUCCAAAUCCACAGGGAGCAAGGUCCUCUGAGGAGAGACCUGGGCCUGAGAGUUCACUAGCUGAAAACCAGCCUGUACAAGCUGCAAGCAAUUGCCCACACCUCAGUGAAGCUGAAUGGGCCCAUUGCUAUGAAGGCCACUUGUGACUUUAGUGUGGUCAUCCUGGUCAUGUUGCCAGAAAUUGUCCUUUCAAGCUUCAUCAUGCAGAGCAGGCAAGAAACACUGAGGUCUGGCAGUAA